AUGGUUUCUACUUCCACAUGCUCGUCCUGCUCCACGUCGUCCUCCUCGUCCUCGUCCUCUACCUCUGCACCUGUCCCCAACGACGACACGGUCCUGGAGCCAUCGAACGCCAAACUCAGCACGUUGAGAUGCCUUGUAGGUCAACAACUCCGUCCUGCCCCCCAUUCCCGCCUCUUCCCAACCGCUGAACUCAAUUUCUUGUGGCAGACUGGUACUGCUCUGACCCGAGCGUCUCGACACACGUUUAACAGCCUCGCCCGCAAGAAGCUUCUCAAGGGGCAGAGAGGCUGCCGACGCUGCGUUGGCUGCGGCUUCUGGAAGCAGAGCCUUGGCUUCGUCCGAAGCCUCGCCCAGGUCGGCUCUCCAUCCUUCCAGCUUCGCACGUUCAGGACGUGCAACGAGUGUUCCCGCCACCGCAAGGACAUGGACGAGGAGGAGCAUCUCGAGCUCUACGGAGCCAGAGAUGUCAACCCAUGA